AUGGCUCCUAAGAAGGCUGACCAGCCGAAGAAGAAGCCCAAGACGGUCGAUGACAAGACCUUUGGUAUGAAAAACAAAAAAGGAGGAGCCGCCAAAAAGCAGAUUCAGCAGUUGAAUGCAAUGGCCGCAUCCAACAAGCCGCUCGAUGCAAAGAAGAAGGAAGCCGAGAAGGCACAGCGCGAGGCCGAAAAGGCCGCCGCCGAGAAGGCAAAGCGUGAAACUGCUGAGCUGUUCAAGCCUGUCCAGGUGCAGAAAGUGCCCUUCGGUGUGGACCCCAAAACCGUUCUGUGUAUCUUCCACAAGAAGGGUGGUUGUGAAAAGGGCAAGAGGUGUAAGUUCAGUCACGACAUGAACAUCGAGCGCAAGGCGGCCAAAAAGGAUCUCUACACCGACUCGCGUGAGGAUAAGGAGGAGCAGAAGAAGGCCGAUACUAUGGAUCAAUGGGACGAGGAGAAGUUGCGCAGUGUCGUGAUGAGCAAGCACGGUAACCCUCGUACGACGACCGACAAGGUUUGCAAGUACUUUAUUGAGGCUGUCGAGAACCAGAAGUAUGGCUGGUUCUGGACUUGCCCCAAUGGGGGUGAUAAGUGCAUGUACAAGCACAGCUUGCCGCCAGGAUUCGUCCUGAAGACCAAGGAGCAGAAGGCGGCCGAGAAGGCUCUGAUGGACAAGUCGCCACUCAACACUCUAACCCUGGAAGACUGGCUGGAGUCGGAGCGACACAAGCUGACCGGCAAAUUGACACCCGUGACCCCCAAGACAUUCGCCGAAUGGAAGAAGAGCCGUCUGGACAAGAAGGCUGCCGAAUUGGAGGCACAGACUGCCAAGGAAGCGACUGGUCGGUCUAUGUUCGAGAGCGGAGACUGGAAAGACAACGAGAGCAGCGACGACGAGUCGGAUGAAGACGACGAUACCUGGAACCUGGAGACUUUGCGGAAAGAGACUGAGCGAAUCCGCGACGAGAAGGAGAAAGACCGAUUGGCCAAGCUCCAAGGAAACGGGAUUGAGGUGCCCCCUUCAGUCGAGAUCCCUGUUGAGGUGCCUCCAGCAGAUGAUGCCGCGAUCGCGCAGGAAGUCGCUGGUUGA